AUGGGAGGCAUCCCUCAAAGCUCUAGCCUGGCGGAGUUGAAGACUAAUAAACAAAUCGGAGAAAAGGGGGAAAUUGUCCCACCACCAUCACCACCACCUCCCCCUCCUCCUCUACCACCUCCACCACCCAACCAACUGACUCCACAUGUUUGCCGCAUUCAGACAAAAACCACGGCGCUGAGGGAUCGCCCUAACCCAUCGCAUCCCCCACCCCUCCCCCCUACCCCACUAACACUGCGCUUUUGCCUGCAUGAAAAGGAAUUUGUGCCUGUAGCAUUUUUAUUGGCAAACGCUGGACGCCUUGGUCUUCUGCUCUAA